AUGAUUAGACCUGGAUCAGCCAUUAAGCGCAAAUAAAAGCCUUUACCAUAAGCUAUAGCUUAAAAAUAAUAAGAGGAAAAUAAACUUCCAGAUGUGUCUCAUUUCCUUAAAAAAAGAGAUUUCAUUGCUGCAUUAACUAUCCUUGAGUGCGAUAAGAAAUACUCUCAUAGACAUGAUCUCAAGACUUAUCUUGGUAUAGCUUAUUGCGCCUUCCACAAUGGAGACUAUAAGAAAGCUAUGGAUAUUUAUGACGAAUUGAUGAAGAGAUAAGAUUAUGAUAGAAAUCUACAUUCAUAUAAAGCAUGCUGCAUGUAUGCUUUGUGUAAUUAUAAAGAAGCCAUGGUAGAAGCUCAAAAGGCCGAAGAGUCUGGUCUCAGAAACAGAUUACUAUUCCAGUUGGCUUAGAAGACAGGUGAAGAUGAGAAUGUGAUCAUGAGGUAUCAUAGCGCUUUGACAACCUCAAUAGAAGAUCAAUUGUGUAUUGCAGCACUACAUUACCUUAGAAGUCAUCAUGAAGAAGCAACUGAAAUUUAUAAGAAACUCUUAAUUGAAAAUAAGGAUUUCCAUGCAAUCAACAUCUAUGUCGCACUUUGCUAUUACAAAAUGGACUACUAUGAUGUCAGUUUAGACAUUCUUGCUGUAUACCUCGGCCUAUAUCCAGAUUCAGUUGUGGGAGUUAAUCUUAAAGCCUGCAAUCACUACCAGUUAUAUAACGGUAAAGCAGCUGAAGCUGAACUUAAAGUUCUUCAAAAUAGCUCAACGACCGGAAAUAUUUUCUAAGACAAUGAUCUUCUCAGACACAAUCUGGUUGUAUUUAGAUCAGGAGAAAACGCUCUCUAGGUCUUACCUCCCCUUAUUGAUGUAGUCCCAGAGGCUAGAUUGAAUUUAGUUAUCUAUUACCUUAAGAAUGAUGAGGUAAAUGAGGCUUAUUAACUAAUCAAAGACAUGGAGUGCGUUGUCCCUAAAGAGUAUAUUCUAAAGGCAGUUGUUCAUCUAGUAAUUGGAUAAAACACAGAUCAAAAGGAGCACCUUAGAAUAGCUCAAAAUUUCUUUUAGAUGGUUGGUGCAUCACCAUCAGAGUGCGAUACUAUUCCAGGUAGAUAAUGUAUGGCAUCAUGCUUUUUUAUCCUGAAAUAGUUUGAUGAUGUGCUUGUAUAUCUCAAAUCAAUCAGACCUUAUUUCUUGAAUGAUGAUGAUUUCAACUGGAACUUUGGUAUUGCUUCAGCCUCUGCUGGUGAUUAUAAAGAUGCUGAGGAGGCACUAUUACAAAUUUAAAAUGAGAAGUACAAAAAUGAUUAUUGCUAUCUUAGCUGGCUAUGUAGAUGCUAUAUUAUGAACAAGAAACCACAUCUAGCAUGGGAAAUCUAUAUUAAUAUGGAAACUUCAAACGAGUCACUAAGUCUACUUAAUCUGAUAGCUAACGACUGUUAUAAGAUGGGCUAAUUCUAUCACUCUGUGAAAGCCUUUGAUGUCCUAGAAAGACUAGAUCCAGAUCCAGAAUUCUGGGAAGGUAAAAGAGGAGCUGCUAUUGGAGUAUUCCAAAUGGUAGUUGCUGGCAAAGAAUCAAAAGAGAGACUUAUCGAAGUUAUCCAAAUGCUAAAGAAUACUAAUAACCCUCAAGUAGAGUAUUUUGUGCAAGUAAUGAAGAAGUGGGGAAAAGAUAAUGGAUUCAAAUUCUGA